ACGGUAAAUCGCGUUACGGGCAACGGUAAAUGUGCUAAGAGCAACUGAAGCUCACUAAAACGCUCCGUUACGUGUCAAGCGAACAUCAUUUUGGAGUAAGACCGAGGAAACCUUUCUGUUUCAAGAUGACAACUGUAGCUUUUGGUGGGGGCCCCACUGUUGAACAGAGGCGAGCGUUCGCCCAGUUGAAGGAAGGGACUCAAGUGCCUGGUUACCGUGGUUACGUACCUCAGAUCAAGUACCGAGUGGGUCAGACCUAUGGUAAUGACACCCAUGAUCUGCUCAAAUCGGACCAUGAGUUCCGACGCUCCGCCACAAUCAUGGGCCCUUUCCCCCAGGAGACCUUGAAGAAUGAGCUGCCCGACGCCACAGGGGACAACAAGUACACCAAGAACAUGGUUCCUGGCUAUACAGGCUACAUACCAAGAAUGCCCUUCAAGUUUGGUGGCACCUACAAGGAUGACUGUGAUGUGUGUAUCGACACCUUUAUGAGCAACACGAAGAAUCACGACUUUAAAAUGAGAGACCUCCAGAGACAAAUACGGAGCUACCCUCGUCUAACUGCCAUCUCCCAUGACCCCACAGUCCGUGACAAGCUCAACCUAUACAGGGAUACACACCCAACACAGCCGAUGUUACUAGAGGACAAGCGGAGUCUGACCGAGGCACCGAUGCCAGGUUACCAGGGUUACGUGCCACGAAUCAGACCCACAGAGCUUGGACUUGGAUGUCGGUACCAUGAGAGCUCCAAGAUUGGAUUCAAUGCAUUUGUACAAGAAACCCAGCGUCAUAAAGAACUCCAGUCAGAUCCCAACUACAAGAUAACCGUGAACAGACCCCCAGCAGGUCCGCGGGCAUCACAGAGUGCCCCAUCUAACUUCAGUCGGCGCCUAUAUCUCCAGGACGGCAUGAUCCCCAAGUACACCGGCUAUGUCCCUCAGAGAAGAUAUGCAUUUGGAAAUACGUACGGCGACACAACACGAAGCAUGGAUGUCUGCUCGCAUGGACAAGACAGCUUUGGAACGCAUGUUAAAACUGUACGAUUCUCCCAAGCCGUGGAGUAGAGACUCUGUCUGACAUCAUCUUGUAAAGCCAUCAUCAUUGCUUGACCAUCAGAUGUUGAGGUCGUCGACCUCUGCCCAUCACUGACCUUAGCCACCACCAACUAAUGUUUAUCAUUGGCAUUAGUUUUUGUAAUGUUCUGUGGAGCAUUAAUCGUAAUAAGAGUAUUUUUUUAAAAAGUGUAAAAAGUAAAAAUAUUCACAGAAUAAGGACCUGGGCCCCAUUUUACAAAGUGUAUAACUGCGCCUGUUGAAACUCCCAUUGUUUAACACAGUCUUACGACAAUGGCAAUGGUACGACUGUCGUAACUCCAAUAGUUAAACACUUAUGACAGUGGUAAGGCUACGACUGUCGUAACUCCCAUAGUUUAACUCAGUCUUACGAUAAUGGCAAUGGUACGACUGUCGUAACUCCAAUAGUUAAACACUUAUGACAGUGGUAAGGCUACGACUGUCGUAACUCCCAUAGUUUAACUCAGUCUUACGAUAAUGGCAAUGGUACGACUGUCGUAACUCCAAUAGUUAAACACUUACGACAGUGGUAAGGCUACGACUGUCGUAACUCCAAUAGUUUAACACAGUCUUACGACAAAGGCAAAGUACGACUGUUGUAACUCCAAUAGUUUAACACAGUCUUACGACAAUGGCAAUGUACGACUGUCGUAACUCCAAUAGUUUAACACAGUCUUACGACAAUGGCAAUGUACGACUGUUGUAACUCCAAUAGUUAAACACUUACGACAGUGGUAAGGCUACGACUGUCGCAACUCCAUGUGGUAAUGUGUACACUAUGACUGUCGUAAAUCCUAUAGUUUAACGCAGACCUAUGACAGUGGUAAUGCUAUGACUUUUAGUAACUCACAUAGUUUGACACAGGCUUACAACAAUCGCAGUGCUGUGACGGCUUUGUUAAAUGGGGACCUGAAAAAAACAUCUUACAAAUAUUUUACAUAUUUGUUUAUCCAUUGGCAAGACACUCUUUCCGUCUUAGACUGUCUCCUGCAGCACUGGAACGUCUGUCUCACAGACAUUAGCGCUUGUCUCCUGUACAUUGAUCAACCAUUCUGUCUUUUAUUGAUAGCUGUGGUGGAAAGAAGCUGUCUGAGCUGAAAAUAACACUCUCUCAUUAAUCAUUGAGUGCUUUCUGUCAGGGAGUGUUAUCGCAGGUGGUUCAACUCUCUGUGCAGAAUUAUGACCCCUGGGAGACAGGAUCUGCUGAUCAAUGGUCCACAUUGAUUAUGAUCCUCGGUCUGCAGCAACCUAAUCAUGCUUAGGGUUUCACUAAAGUGGAAACUGUCAAAACCUGCAUCGCUUGAACUUUUCUCUAACAUUUUGCAAGUUGCAAACCUUAGAGAAUAGUGUUCAAGGCGCAAUUUAUUCACUCUAUCUGAAAAUAUAACAAAAUGUGUAAUGGAAAGCAAAUGUUGGUAUGACUGAAUAGUAAUAUUUAUCAAACAACUAUGGAGUAAAAUUAAAACUAUUUCAUGUAUUUCCACCAGUUUUUCUCUGAUGUUUAUGUUUGAAAUUGAUGGAGACUGUAUAUAAUAAUGCUUUCCCUACAACUUCAGGAGGGUUUGUUUAUAGUGUAGGAAGUUGUGUACACAGCAUGAAGGGUCUUUCGAGCUAAAGAGGUCAGUGUUUCUUAGGUCUGAUUCCAUAGGCAAACAAUAUGAUACAGAAUUGUAGUUAGGAAAUAUGUUUUUGUCAGUGAAAGAAACCACCAUUGUUGUAUGUUGUGUUUACAACAUAUUAUGGCUGUCACAAUUCUGCUUUUGUUUUCAGUAUUUCCCAUGAUAAACCAGCAGACUUGUUUAAUUCUAACCAACAGAUAGCCUUUACAACAUGGUAUAUAAUAGCAACCUGAUUAAACCUACAGGAUCUGUGUUCAUGGUUACUUUGUAGAAACUAGUUUCCUGGAGAGGUAUCUCCUAUGUAUGGCACUACCUCAGAUGGCUCUUGUCAGUCUUCUCUUGACAAAGAGAAGGCAAAGCAUCUGGAGAACAAUUUCU